GAGGCGCGUUCUCCCAAUCUGCCCGUAUAGCAAAAUGGACGAUCUAAGGUCAACGCAGGACCUCUUAACUGCCGGCUGGGGUCAAACAGAAAAAUAUGCAGAAUCGCCUCAAUUGAUGUUUGGAAUUGUACGCACCGUAGCGGUCAGCGAUUGUGCGGAACGCCAUCAAGCACUGCCAGAAAUACUGAACCGAAAACUGAACCGGGGAGUAACGGAUGAGAUGUACUGCGCCAUUGGCGAGCAAGGCAACAACACUAGCGAUUUCGUCGAUUCCUGCCAGGGUGAUUCCGGUGGUCCGUUGCAGAUGGAGUAUCAAGGAAACGUAUUUUUGGUCGGUAUAGUUUCAACAGGACACGGCUGCGGUUCAUCACUGCCGGCGCUUUACACUCGUGUUUCGUACUAUUUCGAUUGGAUCAACGAAAAGGUGACCCAACUAAAGGAAACGGCGAGUGCAUAAAAUCCUUUUACACUAGUUUUUAAAAAGUUUCUCUCUUGAAAUGCGUCAAGAAAAAGUGAAAACCAUAACAUAAUGUUUCUCAGUAUCGAACAGCAGCAAGAUGUUGCAGUGACUUUCAUGCACGAAGAAUGUUCAGGACUGCCAAGAUGGUAGUUUGAUAUUAAAAUGCAGAUAGCUAGGUGUUGUUUAAAAUUUUUAUUAUUCAAAUGAUAUUUACACAAUUGUCACAGAUUUCCCCGAUAGAUGCGACAUAAUCUCGUGGGUACAUUGCUCGUUUGUGGAAAGUUCUUUUCUUAUGUUCCAGAUGUUCAAAAUUGUUCGUUGCAUGCGAGUGAGCGAUAAGAUAGCAGUGAAAACUGGUUUAACGGGCUUUGUGCUAUCAUUUAAAUUGUAAUUUUGUUUCCUUUCAAAGAAGUAUUGUCGUUGGCUUUACCUUGGAUUCUCACAGUCUGGCUAGAGCAAUGUAAUUUGUAAUCCAAAUUAGCGUCAUUUAAUUUUAUUCACUCAUUUAAAUGAAAGAUUUGUGGAAUGCAUUCGUUGCUUUAUGUUAUUGUUGACUAAUAACUAAGGUUAUUAUUUAUCAG